GAUCACUGGAUUAUCCGGACAAUUGAGUUUUUAGCCAAAAUUUAUAAAAAAAAGAAUCUUUCUCCCAAGGAAUUGAAAAUCGUAAAAAGAACGGAAAUGGCGAAAGUUAGUGCAGCUGGGCUUGUUGCAACCCUGGCAGCUGCAGCAUUCGGUGCACAGCCUGCUUACGCCGAUGGGCCUUUCAGCUUCUCUCCAUUUCCAUCGUCUUCUUCGCCCGCCCAACCCUCUGUUCAGGCUCCGGCGGAGGCCGGCGCCAGGAAGCCGCCUCAGCAGCACCCGCCUGCCGAACCUCCAAAGCCUCGCAAUGAUCAUCCCAGAACAGCAUCGGCCGGAUUCGACCCAGAAGCUUUGGAGAGAGGCGCCAGGGCUUUGAAAUAACGAUUGACAAGUCUUCCAGUGCUAAACAGGUUAGUUGUUGGAUUUAAUUUGGGGGUUUCCACUUGAAGAAACUUCGUGAUUUGGUGGGAAUGUCAUAAUGCGUGCACUCUUUUCUGAUUGAAGUUGCUCUAAUUAAUGAAAUUUGGAAUUGAUUUAUUAUAAGAAAUGAGUACUUCCAGA